AUGAGUGCGGAGCUGUCCAAAGGGUCCAUCCUCUCCCUGCCCCCCUGCCUUUUGAAUAGGACAUCUGGCACUUCCAAUGCCAGCAGCACCUGCAUCACGCAAAUGGGGCAGUUCUUCCAGUCCUUCUCGUCCACUUUUGUCUUGAUUGUCUUGGUCGCCCUCAUCUGCUGCCUGAUUCUUCUUUCCCUGAUCACUUUCCACAUCCACAAGAGGAAGAUGAAGAAGCGGAAAAUGCAGAAGGCGCAAGAAGAGUAUGAACGGGACCACUGCAGCAGCACCAGCACCAGCACCCAGGCAGGGGAUUCGUGUGAAAUACCCCAAGGAAAAGAAUCACCCAGUCCAGGGAAAAUCACCCAGGAUUGUAGCAUCCCCUCUCCUUCUGCCCCAGAAGCGCAAAAUCCCCAUCCCGAAAGAUCGGGUUUGGAAACAGAUACUCCCGGGCUCUUGCAAACAGUGGUAUUGUCUUGAUUUGGUUGAC